CAGAGCCGGCAGCCCCUCGCUGAGUUGGUCUCGAUCAUUGUUUCUCUGCAGCUUUAACCACAUUCCACUGAGGCGCAGCGCAUCCCGUCUACAUCCUCGCAUUCCUUUUGCGCAAACAAGUCCGCUGCCAAAAACCGGAUUUUGGUCCACUUGGAAGCCAUAUAUUGCGAUAAAUUGACGAGAUAUGUCAUAUUUCGGGGAGGUUAGUAAUUUGUGAGCAGUUAGGAGUCAACAGUGAGGAGUGUAGGUAAGGUUUAAAGAAAGAUCCAACAAGGGGAAAUUCCUCCGCGCAGCGCGCCAUUGACUGUAAAGACCUUUCAACUUAACAAAAACUCAAGUUGACAAACUGUCGGCACAAACUGUGUGAAAGAGUUUGUUUUCCGCGGAAGAGGAUUACGGAGCAGAAGAUGCGGCUCACGGCGCUGGAUGUUUCUCACUUGCAGGGGGGUUUUCAGUAACAGUGAGGAAGAAGGCAGCAGCAGCGCCGCGUUUUGUUUUGAUUUCCAUGUGAAACGCAGCGCGAGCGGUGGAGCAACAUGGAGCGCUACCAGGAGGAUUUGGGGCUCCGAGCGAGCACUUUGAUGGAGGACCUCUCGCUAUAUGACGGCAUGUACAAGGCGAGGAGAGAUUUGGUGAUAAACCCUGAUUUGGACUUUUCGGCUCCGGUGGUCGCGGAGCACGAGCCGAUGAAUGGCACCUCUGUGCUCCACCAGCAGCAUCACACCGUGGAGAACUUUACAUCCGGGAAUAAAGUGUACACGGCGGCUCCGGUCCGACCCGUUAACUGCAGCCGGAAUAUCCCGGUGGAUUAUUGCGCCCCUCAGAGAGACGAGGAGGGCUGUUGCACCAAGUCUGAAGUGGCUCUGCCGUGUUACACCGGCGCAUCCGAGAGGCACCGGAGGUUCUCCCUGGAGGUGCAGGGUCACCGCUACAGCACCGGCUCGGCUUUCGAUGGCGUUCCCUUGAACAAGCCGGUGUCAGUGCCCGGCAACAGGUGCAACAGCGUGUGCAUCACCAGCAGUCACGACGGCCGACACAACGCCACCAGUCCCAGGUCCAGCCUGGCUUCAUCCCUCUCCUCCCAGGAGCAGAGCAAACACCCCAGUCCCAGGUCCAGCAUCAGCAGCCCGAGGAGCAGUUUGGUCGUCCCAGGCCUGGACCGGUACACCAGCCCCAGGUCUAGCAUGGUCCACUGCGAAGGCAGCAGCGUCCUCAGCCCCAGAUCCAGCUAUGCAAGUACCGCCAGUGACACCAGUAAACACUCCAGCCCCAGAACCAGCCUCAACAGCUGUGACUGCUGCAGCAAACCCAGCAGCAACCGCACCAGUGGCAUCAGCAUGGGGUACGACCAGAGACACAUCAGUCCCAGAUCCAGCACCGCCAGCCAGUACUCCUUCACAACCAGCCCCAGAUCCAGCUACUCAGACUCUCGGUACGGCCCUAUGGUCAACCAUGAUUUUGAGGGGGCACCUUUGGCUAGUCCACGUUCGAGCAUUUGUAGUCAGGACGGGAACAUCAGGCAGGGGACGGGAGCCAACUGUGUGGUCAGUCCCAGGUCCAGCAUCUCUAGUCACAGUUCUAGAAGUUCCCGGAGCUCAAGGGGCUCAAUGAGUACCUACCCCGACCUGCAGCUGCCGUCACCCCGCUCAUCUAUGCUGGGGGGCAGUUUGCAAGAAGACACACUCUUACAGGACUUUGGGGACUCCAAUGGGAUCCCGAAUCGGCUUCAUCUUCAGGGGCUCCCAGAACCUCAUUCUGUUCAAAUAGCAGGGACAGCGGAUAUCCCCACUUUGAAUUACAGUGUGGCCACAAAAACUGCAUCCUCAGGCCAGAGGUUCAAGCUGCCCUACCAGGUGACCCCAAGCCGGGAGAGUGGACCAAGCCAGGCAGAGAGGCGACUGGAGGCUCUGACUCUGGAGCUGGAGAAGGAGCUAGAGAUGCACAUGAAGAAGGAAUAUUUUGGCAUCUGUGUCAAAUGUGGUAAAGGGGUGUACGGGGCGAGCCAAGCCUGCCAGGCCAUGGGAAACCUGUACCACACAAACUGCUUCACCUGCUGCUCCUGCGGGAGGCGGCUGCGAGGGAAGGCCUUCUACAACGUCAAUGGCAAGGUUUAUUGUGAAGAAGAUUUCCUGUACUCUGGGUUCCAACAGACAGCAGAGAAGUGUUUCGUGUGUGGACACCUCAUCAUGGAGAUGAUCCUCCAAGCCUUGGGGAAGUCCUACCACCCAGGCUGUUUCCGCUGCGUGGUGUGUAAAGAAGGUCUUGACGGUGUUCCCUUCACCGUGGACGUGGAGAAUAACAUCUACUGUGUCAAAGAUUACCACACUGUCUUUGCUCCAAAAUGUGCCUCCUGCAACCAGCCCAUCCUACCGGCCCAGGGCUCGGAGGAAACGAUACGGGUUGUUUCCAUGGACAAAGACUACCAUGUGGAGUGCUACCACUGUGAGGAUUGCGGCCUGCAGCUGAAUGACGAGGAGGGUCACCGUUGUUACCCCUUGGACGGCCACCUUCUCUGUCACGGCUGUCACAUCCACCGACUCCAGAGCCAAGGCCCGGCUCACCCGCCCCCCAGCUACCCCCUGCACGUUACCGAGCUGUGAGUGCGGGGUAGCGCACCUGCCUCCCAGGUGAUCACCAGCAGAGGGGCGGCUCGUGGGAAUGGUACCGUGCGCUGGGCUUUCGCUCGGGCCAGACACUGUCCCACCAGUCACACGAUGGGGCUGGGAAAGAGGGUUGCCCUUCUCCUCCAUCUGUGACCCCCACCCUUUCCUAGUGUGCCUGAAAGCCAACACGUCGACUCGCCCACAGGCCCCCGGUGACGUCACAGCUCAUGGCCCCUGCUCAUUCAUGAGGAGAGAGGGAGUCUGGAUCGGAGGAGAGAACACUCUCUCCUAUUCUUUCCCUUCUGUUCAUUUCUAGGGAUCCAGCAUUCCAGUGCUGGCUGGGCCCCGUGCGGCCCUGCUGUGCCUUCAGAGCGGGCUCUCCGUGCAGAUGCGGAACUGGAGCGAAAGGCUAUGCAAAGAGGGGCAAAGCUUUGCGCCUCUCCACUUUGUGAGCACCUAAAAUGGACCGACGGCACCGACAGACAUUCCACGUAGAAGUCUUAGACCAGACCCUGGGAGGUUCAAAAACAGUGUCUCGAUUUAUGAUGAUGUUACGGCAGACUUGAGCUUAGAUGCACAUAGAUGGUCUUUUAUAUAUUGGAUAUAUAUUUUGCAGAUGAUUUCCACAUGUUGAUAGAAAUAGUUUUUGGACAUGUUUGUGAAGAUGCAGAGCAGAAAUUUGUGCAUUGUUUCUUGAGAAGGAGUCUUCAUAUCAGCGGCGCAGACUUCUUUGAAGUAUAAUUUGAACAACUGUUUGAUCACCUGAUGAGCUGAAAUGAAGUCUUAAUUGGUGCAGCUCAGUGCCAAACUUUUUUCUUUUUUUUUAUGAGAGAAGUGAUGCUAAAAUGACCUUGAAAGUGCUUGUUUCCUUUUCUUGCUUUUAGACAGUUUUGCAGGCAAUUCUGACAGACAUUAAAAUAAAAUGCUCAUAGUUCAAUUUUUGUUUUAUGUAGAUGUCCUUUUUUAAAAAAAUUAGCAUUGUGCUUCAGAUGCGACUGUGCUAGCUUUCGUAAUUGGACUGAUAAUGAAUUGGUGACUGAAAAUAUGACUCUCAUUUGGUGGUCAAACAGUGACUACUAGUGAUGGGUAGAUGAGGCAUCAUGAAACAGUAUUGCAGGGUUGAUGAACAGUGGCCAGUAGGUGGCGCUCUUGGUUUAGAAAUGAUGUGGGGUUCCAUUGAAUUAGAUGUUCAAGUCGAAACAUUUUACAGCAGACAGUGCCACCUGGUGGCCUCUGAAAAUCAGGACACUGCUUCAUGAAACCCUUCAAUACUGUGUCAUGAAACCUCAUCUACCCAUCACUAGUGACUGCAAUAACUAGCUUCAGCUUCUUUUUUUUUUUUUUUUUUUUUUUUUUGUUAAUUCAAACACUGGUUGUUUUUGCUGCUCGCCCGAAUGCCCAACAUUGCUCUCUGCUGUUUCGGAGGUCGUCUGUUUAAAAAAGCCAGAGCUGCUGGUCACAUCUGGGUUUUGUAAGAAGCGCCCCAAACCUUCACUUGAAGAGCAUCCUACCACCUGCAAAACUGUGUUGUCGCUCUCUUUUGUGACACAAAAUCCUUAAGUUAUUUGACAGGCAGCAUCACCUCCCUAACAAGUCUCCGUUUAAAGAUUCCUGCUGGGCGAGAGGAACGUGAGAAAUGUGUGCGUGUCUGUGGCGGGACCAUGGCCAGCGAACUGCACCGAGUGUUCAAGUGGUGUUUUGUGUGACUGCAGUUGGUGUUUGUUUCAGCGCAGACCCUCAUUCUUAAAUAGCCCAAAUUAAUAUGCUAAAGUUCAGACAAGAUGUGUAAUAACAUGCUAAUAGAGCAGAGAAUCUGCCUGGAGUUUGCUUGUGUGUGGGGUGGCACAGAAAUUCUCCCGUCCUCCAGGAAUACUGAUCUGUUUCCAGGAUAACAGAGCAGCUAAAUCUGCCUCCUGCGAGGUGAACAUGGGAGGCAUCCUUACCUUCAGCUGAUAGCAAGCUUUUCCUCCGAGUCCCUCUUAUAAUGCCGAGCUUCUCAUCAUCUCUCAGGGAAAGUCCUGCAGUGUUGGUCACUUCCUAGCCUUCCUGCUACCUACAGUAGACCAACGGGUGUGUGCCUUCUAGCUCAGCUCUUCGCCAGCCGAUACUGAGCCUUCCUGACUGGAUGUUGAAAUCUUUUUAACUGAUAUUUGGAGGGUCAGCCUCAAAUGAAUUCUUUCGAUGCUGACAAUAUUCGAAGCGGCUAAACCACGAGUGAUAUUCGUAACUCGAACUUCCUUGCUUUCCCGCCUUUCUAAUCCCGAUUAACUGGCCUGAGUGAAGCAAACACCAACUAGCGUUCGGAAAACACCAACUCCUGUUCUCACUGGUCCCAAAAUAAACUACUGAAACUGUAAACACAGACGAGGACAACAGGCAGUUUUCAAUUUCUAUGAAUGUAAUGUUGAUUCAUUCCAGACUGUUUUCACCAAGAAAUGAGGCGGAUGUUCUCCAAAAUGCCUUCUUUGAUACUCAUAUCAACACAUGUCUUGUUUCUCUUAUGGAAAGUUCUUACAUAUAGCACAGUGAUCUGUACAUUAAGAGACUAGUAUUUUAUUUUCCGACAGAAAUCACUUUGACUUGUAGUUCUGAAAAGCACAUCUCGACGACUUUCACACACAUCUUUUGUAUAAUGUGUUUUUGAUUACCUAGAUGGUUCAUUUAAAGAAAGAGACUAGAUUUAUUUAUCUAAACAUGAAAAGUCUAAAGUUAUUUAAUGUAUUAAAAAUCGGGAUGUAUCAUUUAACUGUAGAAGACAUAAUCUGCUUUUUCAAUAAAGUGGUUUUU